AUGUACCUGAUCUUGGCUCCAUCAAUGACAACAACUUCACUAUCUGAAAUUACACUAUCUGAAACUGAAACAGAAAAUGUCCUAAGAUCAUUAAAAUUUGAAAAAGCAUCCGGUCCUGAUGGUAUCAGUAAUAGAAUUCUACGCGAAGCGUCACAUGAACUCUCUCAACCUCUUUGUGAUUUGUUUAAUGCCUCACUUCUUCGUCGUAAAGUACCAUCGACAUGGAAAAUCUCCAAUCAUCUGUCAACAUUUUUUGCUGAUGAUACAAGUCUCUAUAUUAUUAUAGAAAAUCCACUAGUCGCAGCUCAACAGUUACAAACAGAUAUACAGACAAUCACAAGUCAUUAUGGGCAGACAAGUGGCUUGUCACAUUCAACCCAUCAAAGUGUAAUCAAUGAAGACGAAAGUGAUAUCAUUAAAAGUAACAAGGAAAUUGUAAUGAUAUUGUUGGACUGUAUCAGGGAAGGGAUGAAAGAUAAAAUGCGAGAAUGUAGAGGAUGGUCCUGUCAUGAAUCUGUUUUCAUUGUCAAGUUACUGACAAGAAAUGACACUAAUACAAAGACCUUGGUAGAUCUUGGAGUCCUGGAAUUACUUGUUGAGAUGGCCAGAACUGGCGAUGAAGGCGAACAGUAUGAGAGUGUUUCUGCGCUAUGGGCGUUGUGUUUUGACGAAGAUAACCAGUUACUCAUCACAGGAAAACCGGAGCUUGGGGUUGUUGAUGUUCUCGUUGAUUUGAAAUCGUCGAAAAAUGAGAAAAUAAAGAACGCAUGCAACGGUGCAUUGUGGACACUUAGAGAUGCAUUAAAGAAAACAGUUGUUGAAAACUACAAGAAAAUAG